AUGAUGGUUGACAUCUACCGGUAUCAUCUAUCUCAUCGUCUCACAAACUCACAAACUAACUCACAAAUCCAAAGAUCAACUUUCACAACCACAAAACCAAACACUAAAAUCAUGAAGACUUCUGCUAUCUUUUUCCUUGUUGCCUUUGCUACCAGCCAAGUGAAUGCAGGCUCUCUUCGCAAUCUCAACAACUGCCCCCAGGUUCCGCCGAACACAAUCUGCCCAGCACUUUUGGACCCCAUUGAGUGUGGAUCCAGCUAUGGGUGCCACUAUAACAAUGAUUGUUUGGCAACUGCAGCUGGAUUCAAUAUCCGAUACUGUCAGAAACCAGCACCAGCUUGCCCUCUACCAGGUAACAACCAAUGCCCUCGUGACAUUAAUCCGGUCACCUGCCCAAACAGCGCUGGUGGAGAAUGCACCUAUGACAAUGCCUGCCUUGCUCAAGCAAGUAAUAUGGUGAAUUGCAGCCCUGUCUAUGAAGAAUGUCGAGUACCAGGCAGAAACCGCUGCAGCCGCGAAAACAAGCCUGUGCUAUGUGGAAGUCAAUUCCAUUGCCAGUUUGACAAUGAAUGCUUGGCCCAGGCAGCUGACUAUGUGAAUUGCAUUCCUGCCAACUAA